AUGGCUAUUUGUGUUUUUGAAAAAACCGAAAAAAAAAAAUUUAUAAAAUUAUUAAAUUAUUUUAAGCUAAGUUCAGAGGAUGUGCUAUAUAGCGAAAAUCAUGAAAAGUGUGAAAAACGUGAAAAUGGAAAAAAGCAUAAAAUAUGCUUACAUGGAAAUUAUAAAAAUUAUUUUUUUGAAAGGUAUAUGAAAAGAAAAGUUAUAUGUAAAGAGGAUAGAAAUAAUAAUAUACCAUUAAAUGAUGUAAAAAAUAUAAUACAAGUGUGUGAAAUAACGGAAUAUCAAAACGAAACAAAAGACAAAAUCAAUGAUUAUAGAUUAAGUAAUAUAAAUAAUUUAUUUAAAGAUAUAUUUAAGGAUAAAAUAAUUUUAGAUAUAGGAUGCAAUUAUGGAAUAACUACUUUUUUGUUAAGUUUAAAAUAUAAAUGUAAAAUAGUUAAUGGGAUAGAUAUCGAUUUUAAUAUAAUAAAUAAAAAUAUAUCGAUAUUGAAAUUAUUCUUUGAUUUUAUUUUAAUAUAUAAUAAACAAAAACAUAUGUUACCUUUUCUUUUGAAUAAGAAUUUUUUAAAAACAGAAAGUGACAUAUUUAAUGAAUUAUAUCUUUUGUAUGAAAAAGUUAUGUUAAAAAAAGUAGAUAAAGAUGAAAAGGUUGAAAAAAAUAAGUAUAAUUUGGGGGAAUAUGAAAAUGAGUUUCCAUUUAAUAUAUACUUUUUGUGUUCGAACAUGUUUGAUAAAUAUUUUGAAAAUGUCGAAAAUAAAUAUGAUGUAAUUAUUUGUUUUUCUGUUUUGAAAUGGAUACACUUAAAUUAUGGUGAUAAUAAAUUAAUUUUAUUUUUUGAUUUAGUCUAUAAAUUAUUAAAAAGUGGUGGAUAUUUUAUUUUAGAAUAUCAUAGAGAAAUAAAAUAUAAAUUAAAAAAAAAUGAACGAAUAUUUUUUUUAAAAAAAAAAAAAGAGCUUAAAAUGAAUUAUACACAUUUUGAUAAUAUUGCUCAAGGGGGUUAUAAUAAUAUUUCUAAAUUUAUUUCGAUAAAUAAGACAGAUUUUAAAUCUGAUUCGAAAGAGGAUGGAAAGAGGAAAAGAGAUACUGGUAUGUUUAAUCGAACAAUAUGUAUUUAUAAAAAGAUAUAA